GCGCAUCAACGGAGUCUGGGGCUGUGAGGGAGCGUCUGUUCUUCAUCGCGGCCGGCCGGACUGCGGCACGGCUCGCACGGCAGCGCCCAGCCGCAUCGUCGCAGCAAAGGGGGUGCCGCCGCCAUGGGCGGGGAGGAAGAGAUUGUGCGCAUCGCCAAGCGGCUGGACAAGAUGGUGGCUAAGAAAAGCGCGGAAGGGGCAAUGGAUUUGCUGAAGGAGCUGAAAAGUAUGCCAAUAACCCUGGGCUUGCUGCAGUCCACUCGCAUCGGGAUGUCUGUGAAUGCCCUCCGGAAGCAGAGCACAGACGAAGAAGUGAUCGCCCUCGCCAAAUCGCUUAUCAAGGCCUGGAAAAAACUCCUAGAUGCCUCAGAAGAGAAGAACGACGAGAAGAAAAAGAAUUCCUCCCUGCCCACUUCCUCCUCCAGGGAGAGCAGUGAUUCAAGAGACCAAAGCUCCCACAGAAGGCAGGACCCUCCGAAGACCCCGACCACCCCCAAAAUCACCACCUUCCCACCGGUGCCUGUCACGUGUGACACCGUGCGCAACAAGUGCCGAGAAAUGCUGACCUCCGCUCUGCAGACAGACAAUGACUACGUUGCCAUUGGUGCCGACUGCGAUCACCUGGCUGGCCAGAUUGAAGAAUUCAUAUACCAGGAUGUCAAGAACACAGACUUGAAGUACAAAAACCGCGUUAGGAGCCGUAUCUCCAAUUUGAAGGACUCUAAGAACCCCGACCUCCGUAAGAAUGUCUUGUGUGGGGUGAUCACUCCGGAGCAAAUUGCAGUGAUGACCUCAGAGGAAAUGGCCAGCAACGAGCUGAAAGAGAUUCGGAAAGCCAUGACCAAGGAGGCUAUUCGGGAGCAUCAGAUGGCAAAAACAGGAGGGACGCAGACCGACCUCUUCACCUGUGGGAAGUGUAAGAAAAAGAACUGUACCUACACCCAGGUACAAACCCGCAGUUCGGAUGAGCCAAUGACCACUUUUGUUGUGUGCAACGAGUGCGGAAACCGCUGGAAGUUCUGCUGAGAUGUCUCCGACGAGACCAGCGACAGCCAAUCCCGGGCCCGAUCUCCGAUGUGCAUUCCUCGACACCGCUGGCAACUUUUGUACCGUUCUCAUCACCGAGUUUGUUUUGCGAUCUUUUCAUGGACCAAGGGAGGGUGACCCGGCUGCCCAUUCGAGCGCCCGGCAGAAAGCGGCGGCCGGGGACGGACGUUGGGUCGGCGACACCUGGAAAGCUCACGACUGGACUGCCUUCAUAGUUUCUCAUCUUAAUUGGUAUUGUCAAGAGUUUGGAACAGUAUUAAACAUUUUUUUAAAGAAAAAAAAAAA